AUGAUGAACCCAUUAGACGCGUUGUCAUUGGCAGGAACCAUUAUUCAAUUCGUGGAUUUCAGCUCUAAGGUGUUGGCUGGUACUAAUGAGCUCUACAAAUCGGGUGCUGAGGCCUUAGCAGUUCACCAACAAUUGGGUCUUGUGGCGGAUGAUCUAACUAAGAUGUCCAAGAGGCUCUCGGAUUCAUACUGGGGCUUAUCUGGGACCGGGACCGGAGUCAUUUCUACACCAUCAGAUGACGCGUUUAUGUUCAUCUGCAGAGAUGCAUCGGAAUUGUCUAUUGAAUUGAAUAACAAGCUAAACAAUUUGAAAGUGACAGUUAUUGGCAAGCGCAGGAAAUGGGAGACUAUCAUGCAAGCGCUGAAGUCAGUUUGGACUGAGAAGGAAUUGACAGCUUUAACGAAUCGCUUGACAUUGUUGAGAGAUUCAAUUCAAAUGCAUGUUGUUGUAGAUCUUCGAGACCAGCUGAAAUCUAUAUCGUCGAGUCAAGAAGUUGGCUUUGAUCGCCUUGAUACUAGUACAAAGACUAUCGUUACUGCCCUUCUCAUCCAUCAAGAUGAAGUCAGUAAAGGGAUCCAAGAUCAAACGAUAGCAAUUACCCAAUUACUCGGUAGGAUGGAGAUUCUAGCUGAGAAGCGCACGUAUCCACCGGGUAUUGUGCAGCAGAUUGACAAGAUUGAAGUGAAUCAUCAAGAUUGUCUUUUGUCAGCCAAAGACUUUCAACCCGCGAGUCUUUUAGAAUACCUGAAUCUGCCUGAAUGUUUGAUUGGAUCCGAACAUUCGCUCAUUCGCCUAUGUAUUAGGAGUCAAACUUUGAUACUCGCCGGAGAACAAACAUCUCAGAGUCGGGUGUUGCACAAUCCUGAGAGUAAUGAAAAAGCACUCCGCUUGCAGAUCACUCAGUACCUUGUUCAAAAUUUAAAGUUCCCAGCAUUGAAAGAACGAGAAGAAACUAUCGCGGAUGUAUAUCGGGGAACAUUCGAGUGGCUAUUCAAUGACAGUCAUGAAUCUACACCAUGGCCUAAUUUUAUCCGUUGGUUAGAACAUGGAUCUAGUAUUUAUUGGAUCAAUGGAAAAGCGGCUUCGGGCAAGUCAACACUUAUGAGAUUCAUAUGUGAGCACAGUAAAACGAAGGAACUGUUAGAGAAAUGGUCGGCUCCGCUACCCAUUGUUAUGGCAAAGUUUUAUUUCUGGAACAGCGGGACCCUUGUGCAAAGGUCUUUAAGCGGUCUGCUUCGAGCUCUUCUUUCCCAAAUUCUGGGACAUCUUCCUGAUCUUAUUCCUGUCUGCUUUCCCCAAAGGUGGGCCAAGAUCUAUAAUGAUUCGGUUAGACCGUUCUCUGGAGUACACCCUAAGUUUCAUUCGAUGGAAAUGGACUACUGGAGCUUAACCGAAUUGCAGGCUGCAAUGCGGAGUCUCGUAAGCCAAACCGUACAGCACUUCAAACUUUGUUUAUUCGUUGACGGCCUUGACGAAUAUGAGGGAGAACCUUCAGCUAUAACCAAAUACUUUAAAAUGCUGGCUCAGGUACCGUGGCUGAAAAUAUGCGUCUCCAGUCGUCCGUUACUUGGAUUCGAUGAUGCUUUUGGAUCUGGGCCAACAUUGCGGUUGCAGGAUCUCACACGUAUCGAUAUCAACCAUUAUGUCAAGUCAAGUCUCCAAGAAAAUGUCAACUAUCAACGAUUAUGCGUGGAACAACCCAUUGAAGCACUAGCUUUAAUCAGAAAUGUUGUAUCGCGAGCAGAUGGAGUUUUCUUGUGGGUUAGGCUUGUAUUACAGGAGAUUGUAAGAGGUCUCGAUAAUAGAGACAGCCUGCAAGAGCUGCAGGAACGUAUGGAAAUAGUUCCGCAAGACUUGGAAGAACUUUUCUCCUCGAUGCUUGGAAAGAUUGAGCCCUUCUAUAGCAAGAAAGCUGCAUCAAUUUUUUUGGUUGUCCGCGCGGCAAACGUACAUCAGAGGAGCGUCAAAUCAUUAGACACACUAAUACUAUCCUUUGCUCUGGAUCAUGGCACGAGUCGUUUCGCAGAUAUCAAUUUCAACUUCCAGGACCUGGAGAUGAGAAACAAAGAGAUUAGUGAUCAUCUAAAAGUGCGGUGUGCAGGAUUGCUCGAGACCGGACCUAAAUACUCCCCAGGUUUUGAAUAUCUUGGAUAUCGCGUCGCUUAUUUGCAUCGUAGCGUCCGAGAAUAUUUAGAACGUUCAGAUAUACAUCAGAAAUUCCUGAAAGAUGGCACGGGAAGAAGCUUUGAGCCACAAACUGCCCUUAUGUGCUCAUACAUUAAAGAACUUCAGAUUUCCGAACCUCGGAAAAAUACCUUAAAUCAACCUUCGGGCCUUCCUUUGUUUGUAGCAACAGUCCUUCAUUUCGCCCACGAUGCUGACAUUGCGGGGUCGGAUGCUUACGUGGAGCCAUUGGAUAAAUUUGCGACAUUGACGCACAGUGCGAGGUCCAAAAGCAUCAUUUGGGCACCGGCGAAGUUCUCUUCUUUUCUACACAUCGCGACCAAAUGGGAUCUUUGUGCAUACGUCAGAGUUAUCUUAGGGAGACUCGCCUCCGAAAAGAAAGGAAUUGUUGCUCACACCUUGUUAGCAUACGCACUUGCGGGAACAGAUGAAUACUACCUGCAUGGUAUGGAGCAGAUGGAGAACUCGGAUUUUCGGCGAGAUCGAUUUCCUCCUAGCAAUCGCAUGAUAGGGUUACUGUUGGAACAUGGAGCGCAUCCUAACAAAAAGUUAAAAGACUUUCCAGUCCUUUAUGAGUGGACUGCGUUUGAGAUAGCCAUUCGCAAUGUCUGCGCAAUUCUACCGCCGGGGGACACGGAAGAAAGUGAAAAUCGGCAAUAUUCCGAGGAGGAGAAACCCUUCGUCUCAAACCAUUUGACAAUUGUCAAACUCAUGCUAGACAAUGGGGCAGAUGCGAAUACAACUCUCAACUACCAAGGACGAACAAUUACCUCCAGAAAGUUGUUGACUGAGACUAUGGGAAAAUAUUGGAGGAGCAAGGAAUGGACUGUAGAUGAAAUGUUUAGGAUAAAAGGUGGUAAAUUGGAGCCAUCGAUGAUUAGGAAGUGGAUCAUGACUCGUAGGAAAUAUUAG